UCUAGGCGGACUACGGUUGCGAGAGCAUGUGUCUUAUGUCAGCGUCGAAAAGUAAAGUGUAACGGACUCCAUCCGUGCUAUAACUGCUGUGCUAGCAAGCAAGAGUGUAUCUACUCUGAAAGACGUCGACGAACGAAUACCACUGACAGGCGAAGAUCUGGGACUGGAACCUUGUUGCAAGAUUACCAGAUUGUAUUCAAUCGUCUCCUUGGUCAAGUCCCAGUGAAGUCUCUUGUUGACUUACCUCGUGAAUCGCUGGUGGAUUUGAUAGUCUCCGAUGGUACAUCUGUGCAGCGGUUGUCUUCCGUUAGCCCUCAUGGCUUGCCACGGCCUGAUCCCUCACCAGUGAGCUCGUCAGCCGAAACGGAGGCUGCUCACAGACUGGAAGCUCUGGAAGAAAGACCACCUGAUGGAUUCGAAUGGGACGAGUCUUCUGACCAACUUUGGGAGAUUGUGGUUGAUGAUGUGAAUGGAUUAGGUUUGGCUCCUAACAAGAAGGCUUCUUUCCUGGGUCUGGCAUCGAUAUCGGUAGCUGUUAAAGUGCUUCUAAAAGCUCUUCCAUCGCCUGUGGUACAAGAUCUGACCAGUACCAACGGUAAGAAUCGAGAUCAUGGAUGGUUCGAUUCGUCUCCAGCAGCCGGACAAUUUGCUAAGUCGCAAGAUGUGUCGUAUCGAGAAGGUCAAAGACUGAUAGAUGCGUAUUUUACACACGUCCACGUGUUUGUUCCUAUGAUCCAGGAGCAGUCGUUUAGAGCAACAUACCUGGCAAACGAGAGGAAAGACUCGCCUUGGCUAGCACUUCUUCAUAUGGUCUUUGCAAUGGGCAGCAUCGCGUCGUCGACAUCAGACUGCGACCAAGAUAUCUACUACUAUCAACGAGCUCGACAGCACCUAGGAUUAGAGAGUCUUGGAAGUGGUCAUAUGGAGACCCUGCAGGCAUUGACACUCAUGGGAGGCCUGUACCUUCAUUAUCGCAAUAGACCAAAUCUGGCAUCAGCACUGCUUGGUGCAGCACUCCGGAUUGCAUGCAGCCUUGGAUUGCACCGAGAAUUCCCAAGUCCUUCUGAUACAUCCAGGGGAAUAGAUAGGGAAAUUAACAGACGGACAUGGUGGUCUAUUCAUAUCUUGGAUUCGUGGGGGUCGACAACUCUGGGAAGACCGCAGACGAGUGAUGAAAAUCGGGUCGAGAUUCCGAAGAAUAUGAUGGAUGAUCGGUUUGGGGAUGCGCCCCCAACGCAGCCCACCAUCUGCUCUCCUCUCAUACACAGCAUAGAGUUUUGCAAGAUUCUCUCUCGAAUACAACGACGGCUUCAGAUGUGCUCGUUUCUUGCCUUUAAGGAGAUCUCCAUUCUUGAUCAGAUGCUUGUGAGCUGGUUUGAGUCACUCCCCUCAUUCAUGAAGCCGCCCAAUCCCUGUCCACCUGAAUUACACGAUGUGCGGACUGUCCUCUCAUGGCGGUACUUAAACAUGCGUAUAAUAUUGCAUCGAGCAGUAAUUCUGGAUACGACCGAAAGACAUCUGUCGUUCUUCAACCUCGGAGUUGAAGAACAAGAGGCAGUGAAGAAAUGUAGAGACCUCGCUGCAGAAUCAAUCUACAGUAUCUCGACGGAGUGGCGGCCAACAAAGAUGUCAGGAUGGAACGCAGUAUGGUUUCUAUUCCAAGCCGUCUUGAUACCGCUGAUGGCGCUCGCAGUCGAAUCAGAAGAGCAUGAAGAUUACCACAAGUGGCAGGAGCAGGUGGUCUUGGUCAUCCAACUAUGUGGUGAGAUGGAUCGAUGGAGUCUUGUUGGGCGAAAGACUCAGCAUGCAGUGCAACGUCUAUACAACGCCAGCAAG